CAUUUCGCACUGACCAGAUCGCCUGCAAAAUCCCUGGACUCAAAACAACUCGAGUGACACGAAUGACGCACUUUGACUACUCAAAAAUGCAUGAACCAUGUGAGAAAAUUGCCAGUUUCAACAUGAGUUCAUUUCUCGUCCCGACCUGUAAGAUCUGCGAACGAGUACUCGACGAUGACGAGAGCUUCAGCGUCUGCGUCCAACAGCACGUGACUUGCAACCGGUGCGGGACUGCUUCCACUGUUGGACCCGAAGGACCAAUCAAAAUCUCCGCCAACGACUGCCGGGUUUGUCACAGAAAGAUCAUCGAUCCGGCAGGCGAGGUAUCCGGAUUCCCGCCAAAAAUCCAAAAGGCGUUCCUCCUGCAGAAAUUAAUCAGUGACGUGUUUUCUGUUUGUGAAGUCAAAGCCCACGCGCGGAAGUGUAUAGCUAAGUUCUUCUGCUCUGACUGCACUGUUUACUGCUGUGAGGAGUGUAUUCCUCUGCACAUCCGGGACAGUUCUGAAUCUCCCAAGCAUACGAUAUGUAGCUUGGAGAAAAAAGUGUAUAAGAAGGAGAGUCCAGGAUGUACAGAAUGCAAGGACGGGGAUGCCAAGUGCUAUUGCGAGAACCAGACUUGUAAUGCACUUCUUUGUGGAAGGUGCUUGAAGUUACAUGACGGACAUGACGUCAUACCUAUAGGAAUGGCGUCGUCUGCGAUGACUGCCUUUUUGGAACAAAGUGGAAAACAUGUAAGGGACUCGUACGACAACAUUGGAUUUGAAACGGAUGGGUUAGAUAUCGAAAGGAGGGCAAGGAUAUCGGAGUAUGAACUGCUCGAGGACAAGAUUAGAGAAUGGGCGGCGAGUCUUCGAGCGAAGGUUGAUCGUGAUGAGCAGGCAUUGUUGGAAGAGGUCGGAUCCAAGAUGGAGGCUACGGAGGAGAAGUACGAGUGGCUAAAUGGACGUAUGGUAGAGGAUGCCACAGCUCUGGCUUAUUUUGAAAUGAUCCAUGACAAACUAGAGCAGUGCAGGAACUCUGAGGAUAAGCUCAUCGAUAUGUUUACGUUCGUCCGCGCAAAUGAGCAAAUCGUGAACGGAGGGUGUGCGUCCGUUUCCAAAAACGGCAGCGGGAGUAUUCAUUGCGAGAAGUUCGAGUUCAAGUUCAAUGAGGAGGUAGAGACAGUGUUGACGGCCAUGGGUCAAGAAAGUAACUUGAUUGGCCAAGUCAAAUCAUGUGGGCAGCCGCGCUUAGUGACGUCAUUGAGCAGUCGAUGCGACUCGGACAAGCAUUCGCAAAGACUUAGUGGGAUUACCCUUCUGCCCAAUCAGAGGCGAGUAGCUGUGAUGGAUUCUGGGAACAGAAAAAUCAAACUUGUAUCCGGUAAAGAGUCUGUGGUGGCCUUCAACGCAGAUGUUGAAGACAACGAUCAAGAGGAUGGGGAAAUCCAAAAUGGCUUCCAAAAUGGAAGACAUGGAAACGGAAGUGGUAAUGGCAAUGGCAAAUUGGACAUCAUUUAUGACGAGAGAAAAAAUACCGUGAUUAUGAACAGAAAAUCAAGAGGUCAAAUCAUCGAGCUGACAUUAGAGGGUAAACUAUUCAGGGUUCUGAGAAAAAUAGAAGACGCUGUAUCGCUGUGCAUUUGUAAAAACAAUCUUCUCGUCGGGCGCGAGAUUUCAGCAGACGAGACCACAGAGGGUGCCAUUGACACAUUUGACAGAAUUACGUGGACAUUCUUGGAAAGUAAACAUAUGCCUUUUGUGCCACACACACUGAAAGCAACAUUUGGCGGGAAUAUCGUAUCGUCAGACAUGCGCAAUGGCAGUGUUUAUAUUCUGACGCAAGAGUUACAAAUCAUGGCAUGUAUUCAAGGGGCAGUCGACGGAGUGCGCAUGAGCAAGCCGACGGGUUUGUGCGUCACGAACAGAAAUCAUAUUCUUGUUUCAGAUUCGGCGAAUAACCGCAUUCUUGAGUACUCGUCUGGGGGGAAGUAUCUAAGGACGCUACUGAAGGACGUCGAUGGGUUGCGGAAACCCACUAACCUCACUUGUGAUGAGAAGGGAAAUCUAUUUGUUUUAGACGCCGCGAACAUUGUCAAAGUAUUUUCCCACGUUUGAAAUCUGAAGUUUGCCAAUGGAUUAAGUUUCUACUAGGUAGAAUUGCGGAAUAUUACGGACUAAUACUUCGGGUAGAAUCAAAGCUGUCGAGGUGAAAGCGGUGAUAAUAUUGUAAAUGUUUAUAUCCUCGCAUUAGGGGCCGUUUCAGAGGUUUGCCAAAAGCUGUUCUAACCUACUCAAAAUAUCUCAUCCCAUUUGUUUGUGUAACCUUUUUACUUCGUACACGUGUGUAUGCAUGUACAUGUAUCUGCAUGCAUGGUUCAUAUCAGCAGGCCUAUGUCAUUAAUUUCUGAUACAAAAUAUGA